CUUACCUUCUUCACUCCUCUCUCGGUCGCUGCUACAUGAAUGAUGUCCUCGCUGUUUUAAGUGCUUUCAUCAUAUUGCUGUCGUGCUGUGCGUUGUCCGCAGUGUCUGCUCCUACGCUCCAUCUCGUCCCUCUUCUCUUCGCGCAUAAACCGGAAAUCCUACCAAAGCACGAUGAGCAACGAAGCCGAAUCCUCAUUGCCAAAGCUGUCGCUACAUCUCCCGAGCUCUGUCAGCGAGACAGAGAACUGGGAUCGUACCUCGGAGAUACGUGGCAAUUUUGAGUUGUCCAACGCAGGGACCCUAGGAGAUGCUGGUGAGGGUGGAGUAGCAAGGACGGGUUUGCCGGAGGCAGGUGCUGGAAAGCGGACGCUGCCCGAGCUCUUGAGGCUGCACGCGGAGAAGGGAAAGGAUGUUAUGUUCAGCCCGACGGAGGUGAGGAGCCUGGCUGAGGUUCUAGGCAAAUGGAUAAAUUCGGGCCCGUCCCCGUAUGAGUCCGAAGACGACUUCUUCAAGCGCCUCGAUAGCGAAUCGGCAUCCGCAUUCAAGCGUGUGUCACCGUCUACGCACACCGCCUCCGACUGAUCAAUGAUGCUCUGAUGCUUCAAUAACCUAAAGAUGUUUACCUGAUGGUCCUCUCGUUCAUCCAGACUCGGUUAUUUAUGACGUUGUUUAUGGGUUCCAUUGAUGAUAUUCAUACCUGAGAUACCCUCCAUUUUAUAGCACAAUCCCACGUUCUUUCAUGUCACCCACCCAUGUCUCCAUAUGGGCUCUCCUCUGAAGAAAUCUAUAAUCCCCUGCCUAAAUACUGAAUGUGUAUAUCUGCCUGCUUUGCUCCUGGAUGUUCCAAUGUUUUGUUAUUUGAGUUGCUAGAUAUAAACAACCGAACACCAUUUAUUACUUACCCCCCUAAGAGGCAUAGUGUUUGUUGCAAACUGCGAGCAUCGUCCAACCAAGAAAUAGUAUAAGUUACACCA